AUGUGCUCGUGGUUCCCAGGAGAUGCACUCCUUGCUCCAAUUUCGAGUGCAGUAUACUCACUUGGUUGUUUGUUGGUCUAUGCUGGAUUUCGUGAUGGUGCAAUUGGAAUAUUCGAGGCAGAAUCUCUUAAGUUGCAGUGCAGGAUAGCACCCUCUGCCUACAUACCAUCUUCAAUAUCCAGCAGUGGUGAAACUGUCUAUCCCACAGUUGUCGCUACGCAUCCGUGGAAGCCAAACCAGGUUGCAGUGGGCACGAGCGAUGGUGCAGUUCUUGUGCUGGAGCCGUUGGAUACAGAAGACGUACAGGGGGGAGCAACGCCUCCUCAGAACAGUGUCCACCUAGUGAUGUCAGCAACAGCGGUGGUCACAACCAAGUACUUGACGUGUGAUCGGGCGACGAGGUGA